CUGAAAAAUUUAGAAAAGAAGCUGAAAAAGAAGCUUCCAGACGGGCUGAGGCAGAAGCUGUGGCUUUGAAACAAAAACAAGAGGCUGAUGAUGAAAUGGCUAAGUACAAAAAGCUUGCAGAACAAAACCUGAAGCAGAAAUCUCAGGUUGAGGGAGAAUUAACGAAGGUUAAACUGCAACUUGAUGAAACAGACAAACAGAAAUCUAUCCUUGAUGAUGAGCUCAAGCGACUCAAACAAGAGGUCAGUGAUGCUAUGAAGCAGAAAGCUCAAGUAGAGGAUGAACUCUCUAAAGUCAAGAUUCAAAUGGAGGAGCUAGUGAAAUUGAAACUUAAAAUUGAGAAGGAAAAUCAAGAGCUUAUGAAGAAAGAUAAAGACAAUACAAAGAAACUCCUCGAGGUGGAGGCUGAGAACAUGAAGAAAUUGGCAGAGGAGGCAGCACAACUCCACUUAGAGGCUCAAGAAGCUGCAAGGUUACGGCAAAUUGCAGAGUCUGAUCUUGCCAAACAGAGGGAACUGGCUGAUAAGAUGCUCGAAGAGAAAAAGCAAGCCAUCCAGGAAGCAACAAAAUUAAAGGCUGAAGCAGAAAAGCUCCAGAAACAGAAAGAUCAGGCACAGGUAGAGGCUCAAAAGUUGUUGGAGGACAAAAAGGAGAUGCAACAGCGUCUGGAGCAGGAGACCGAAGGUUUCCAGAAAUCCUUAGAGGCUGAACGCAAGCGACAAUUAGAGAUUACUGCAGAGGCUGAGAAACUGAAGAUCAAGGUAACACAGCUAAGUGUUGCUCAGUCCAAAGCCGAGGAAGAAGCCAAAAAAUUCAAGAAACAAGCAGAUGAAAUCAAAGCCCGUCUGCAAGAGACAGAAAAACAAACUUUAGAGAAACACACUGUUGUUGAGAAUCUGGAAGUGCAGAGGUUGCAGAGCAAAAAAGAAGCUGAUGAUCUGCAUAAAGCAAUUGCAGAACUUGAAAAGGAAAGGGAAAAAUUGAAAAAAGAGGCAACUGACUUACAAAAACAAUCAAAAAAGAUGGCCAAUGUACAACAAGAACAAUUACUGCAGGAAAAGACUGUCCUCCAGGAAACUUUCUUAGUAGAAAAAGAGACACUUCUAAAAAAGGAGAAGGCCAUUGAGGCAGAGAAAAAGAAGCUGGAAAAGCAAUUUGAAGAUGAAGUGAAAAAGGCUGAAGCGCUUAAAGAUGAACAGGAGCAUCAGAAGAAGCAGAUGGAGGAGGAGAGGAAGAAACUCCUGUCUGCCAUGGAUGCUGCUAUCAAAAAGCAAAAGGAUGCUGAGGAAGAGAUGCUCAACAAGCAAAAAGAGAUGCAAGAGCUUGAAAAGAAAAGAACUGCACAAGAGAAACUUCUAGCAGAAGAAAACAAGAACUUACGAGAAAAACUCCAGCAGCUUCAGAGUUCACAGAAGCCAUGCCACACCAAGGAAAUUGAGAUCCAAACUGACAGUGUCCCUGAAGAAGAGUUAGUUCAAAUGACAAUGGUAGAAACAACGAAAAAGGUCCUAAAUGGCUCUACAGAAGUGGAAAGCGUGAAAAAAGAUUUACCUCUGGCGUUUGACGGAAUCAGAGAGAAGGUGCCUGCGAGCAGGCUUUAUGACAUUGGUGUGCUCAGCAAAAAAGAAUUUGACAAACUUAAAAAAGGCAAAACAACAGUGCAUGAUCUCACCAAAAAUGACAAAGUGAAGAUGUGCCUAAAAGGUAAAGAUUGCAUAGGUGGUGUAAUAGCUGAACCCAACCAGAAAAUGAGCAUCUAUCAAGCUUUAAAUGAUAAGAAGAUCACACAAAGCACAGCUAUGAUGCUUCUCGAAGCUCAGGCUGCAUCUGGUUACAUAAUUGACCCCAUCAAGAACCGAAGACUCUCUGUCAAUGAAGCUGUGAAGGAUGCCUUGAUUGGACCUGAGUUACACUCUAAAUUGCUAUCUGCCGAAAGGGCUGCCACAGGAUUCACAGAUCCUUUCACUGGAGAUAAAAUCUCACUGUUUGAAGCUAUGAAAAAAGGCUUAAUUGCAGAGGACCAGGCCAUAAAACUUCUCGAUUCUCAAUAUGCAACUGGUGGGAUAGUUGAUCCAGUCAAUAGCCACCGUGUGCCAGUCCAAACAGCAUGCACACAAGGUCAGCUGGAUGAUAAUCUAAGCAAAAUUCUGUCCAGUCCUCCAGCUGACAAAAAAGCAUUCAUUGACCCCAACACUCAGGAUAGCCUUACAUAUUCUCAGCUACUGGAGCGAUGCAAACCAGAUCCUGAGACAGGCAUUCCAUUACUACCCAUCACAGAGAAAGCAGCACAAAUUGAAAGUACGUACAUAGAUGAGGAAACUAAAGAUGUAUUUAGUAAGGCAAGCGUAACAAUUCCAUUUGGAAGAUUUAAAGGGAAGACUGUCACCAUCUGGGAGGUCAUAAACUCUGAGUACUUCACUGAAGAUCAGAGAAAGGAUCUUGUCCGUCAAUACAAGACGGGCAAAAUUACAGUUGAAAAAAUUAUUAGGAUUGUAAUAACAGUUGUGGAGGACAAAGAGAACAAGAAGGAACCUGCCUUUGAUGGUUUGAGAUCAUCAGUGCCUGCGUCUGAACUUCUGGAUGCAAAGGUUAUUAAUAAAGAUUUGUUCAAUAAAUUGCACAAUGGCAAAGUUACUCUUAAAGAGGUGUCAGAGCUUGAGCCUGUCAAGAAAGCCCUGAAGGGGGCAAACAGUAUUGCUGGAGUGUUUAUUGAGUUGACAAAGGAAACAAUGUCUUUCUACGAUGCCAUGAAGAAGGACUUGCUCGCAACAGAGCCUGCAUUAAAUCUUUUAGAGGCUCAAGCUGGAACAGGCUUCAUAAUUGAUCCUGUGAAAAACCAAAAGCUAACAGUUGAUGAAGCAGUCAAAAGUAGUAUUGUUGGCCCAGAGCUCCAUGAGAUACUGCUGUCUGCAGAAAGAGCGGUUUGUGGUUACAAAGAUCCAUAUACUGGGAAAACUGUAUCCCUAUUUGAGGCCAUGCAAAAAGAUCUCAUUAAGAAAGACCAAGGUAUCCGACUGUUGGAAGCCCAACUUGCAACUGGAGGAAUUAUUGACCCAGAGAAAAGUUACCGCAUAACUCAAGAUGUUGCAUAUAAACGUGGUUUCCUAAAUGAAGAGAUGAACAAAAGUUUGAGCAGUCAAUCUGAUUCUAGUACUGUAUUCAUUGACCCCAACACACAAGAAAAUGUCACUUAUGCUGAACUUCUAAAAAGGUGCAUCACUGAUAAACAGACUGGUCUCCCAUUGUUUUUGCUCUCUGAAAAGGCAAUGAAGUCAAAGGUAAAGCAACCACUUUCUGAAACGCAAACUAAAGAGGCCUUGAGCGAUUCUACAGUUGAGUUACACAGUGGACUGUUUAAAGGAAGAAAAGUCACAAUUUGGGAAAUCUUAAACUCUGAAUAUAUUACAGAGGAACAAAGGAUUGAAUUUCUUCAACAGUAUAGAUCGGGACAAGUCACUAUUGAAAAAUUGAUCAAGAUUGUGAUCACAAUAGUGGAUGAAAGAGAAAGGAAGCGACAAGUUAGCUUUGAGGGUUUCAGAGGACCUGUAAUAGCCAGUUCCUUGUUUGAAUCUAAAAUUAUUGACAAAGAUACAUAUGAUAAGCUCCAACAAGGCAAAAAGAAACCUGCAGAGGUUAGUGAAAUUGACUCCAUCAAACGCUACUUGCAAGGUUCAAAUUGUAUUGCUGGUGUAUUUGUUGAAAAAACUAAAGAAAAACUCAGUAUUUACCAAGCAAUGAAGCAGAAAAUACUGACAACAAACACUGGCCUGUCCUUGCUGGAGGCACAAGCAGCUACUGGGUACAUAAUUGAUCCCAUCAUGAAUGAGAAGUUUACAGUGGAUGAUGCCAUAAAGGCUGGUGUUGUUGGUCCAGAACUACAUGAGAAACUACUGUCAGCAGAGAAAGCCGUUACUGGUUACAAAGAUCCAUACACUGGUAAUAAGAUCUCUCUUCUCCAAGCAAUGCAGAAACAGCUUGUUCUAAGAGAGCAUGCCAUACCUCUUCUAGAUGCUCAGGAGGCCACAGGAGGAAUAAUUGACCCAGUAAAUAGCCAUCGCCUUCCCAGUGAUAUUGCCAUUCAGCGUGGCUACUUCAGCAAGCAAUUGGCAAAAUCUUUCAAAGACCCCUCAGAUGACAUUAAAGGUUUCACUGACCCCAACAAAGAUGACAGUGUCACAUACAAACAACUGAAAGAGAGAUGCAUGACUGAUCCAGACUUUGGAAUUUGUCUGCUACCAGUCUCUAAAGCUGAGUCUCUAGAGCAAGCUGAGAAAUCCUAUGUUUACACAGAGGAACAAGCUCAAACUGACUUGGCUAACACUCAAGUAGAUAUACCACAUGAAAGUUGUUCUGGUAAACAAGUGACAUUAUGGGAAGUCAUGAAGUCAGAUUUGCUUCCAGAGGAGGAAAAACAAAGGCUGCUUGAACAGUACCGCUCAGGCAAAAUCACAAAAGAGAGAAUGAUCAUCAUUAUAAUUGAAAUUAUUGAACAAAGAGAGAUCACCAAGACUGAGCAGAGCAUGUCGUGUGACAUAAUCAGACGCCGAAUUACUAUUGAGGAACUUUACAGAGCUCGUAUUAUUGACCUUGAAACUUAUAACCUGCUUCAACAAGGCAAGAAAACCAUCCGAGAAGUCAUGGAGAUGCCACAUGUGAAGCAGUACCUCUUUGGAACGGGCAGCAUUGCUGGAGUAAUCACAGAUGACUAUGCUAAGAUUGGUAUCUACCAAGCCAUGAAGAAAGGUCUCAUCAAACCUGACAUUGGCAUUGAUUUGUUGAUGGCUCAAGCAGCAACAGGGUUUAUUACUGACCCUGUGAAAGAUCAGUUGUUAACAGUUGAUGAAGCUGUCCGCAAAGGUCUUGUUGGACCAGAGAUCCAUGACAAACUCUUGUCUGCUGAGAGAGCAGUCACAGGUUACAAGGAUCCAUACAGUGGGAAGGUAAUUUCUCUCUUCCAAGCCAUGAAAAAAGACCUUAUUUCUGAAGAUUAUGCCUUGAAGCUGUUAGAGGCCCAGGUAGCAACCGGUGGCCUCGUUGAUCCAGAGUACUACUUCCGCCUCCCAAAUGAUGUUGCCAUGCAACGUGGAUACAUUAACAAAGAAACCAGCGAGAGGAUAUCUGAUCCAAGUGGAGAUGUCAAGCAAUUUACAGACCCUACAACAGAUGAAAAGCUGUCUUAUGCAUUACUUCUCAAAAGAUGCAAAGUGGAUAAAGAGAGUGGCUUACGACUAUUGUCUCUGGCAGACAAGAAACUUCUAUUUAAGGGCCUCAGAAAGCAAAUCACACCAGAUGAGUUGUUGCGCUCUCAAAUUAUUGAUCAGAGGACAUACACGGCACUGAUGGAAGGUACAAUCUCUGUAGAGGACCUCAGUAAAGACCUGAAGAAAUAUCUUGAAGGCAUCAGCUCUAUUGCAGGUGUGUUUGUAGAGGCUACCAAAGAAAGACUAUCAGUCUACCAAGCCAUGAAGAAGAGCAUGAUAAGACCAGGCACUGCCUUUGAACUUCUGGAAGCUCAAGCAGCUACUGGGUAUGUGAUUGAUCCAAUCAAAAAUCUCAAAUUGAAUGUCAAUGAAGCUGUAAAAAUGGGAGUUGUGGGACCAGAAUUUAAAGACAAACUUCUCUCUGCUGAACGGGCUGUGACUGGCUACAAAGAUCCAUAUUCUGGCAAGGUGAUCUCCCUUUUCCAGGCUAUGAAAAAAGGUCAAAUUCUGAAAGACCAUGGCAUCCGUCUGCUCGAGGCUCAAAUAGCCACAGGUGGAAUUAUUGAUCCUGAGGAAAGUCACAGACUGCCUGUGGAAAUGGCGUACAAACGUGGUCUUUUCGAUGAGGAGAUGAAUGGCAUUCUUACUGAUCCUUCUGAUGAUACUAAGGGGUUCUUUGAUCCAAACACAGAGGAGAAUUUGACCUACCUCCAGCUCAUGGAACGGUGCAUUACAGACCCUGAAACUGGACUUUCUCUUUUACUGCUCAAAGAGAAGAAACGGGAAAGAAAGACAUCUUCAAAGUCUUCAGUGCGCAAACGCAGAGUUGUUAUUGUAGAUCCAGAAACAGGAAAAGAAAUGUCUGUUUAUGAGGCAUACCGCAAAGGUCUCAUUGACCAUCAAACAUACAUUGAGCUUGCAGAACAAGAGUGUGAAUGGGAGGAAAUUACCACCUCGUCGUCAGAUGGUGUUGUUAAGUCUAUGAUUACUGACAGAAGAUCUGGGCGGCAAUAUGACAUUGAUGAUGCAAUCUCCAAAGGUCUCAUAGACCAAUCGUCUUUGGACCAGUACCGUGCUGGAACUCUUUCAAUCACUGAAUUUGCAGACAUGCUGUCUGGUAAUAUGAGUGGCUUCAGAUCUCGUUCAUCUUCCUUUGGAUCCAGCUCAUCCUAUCCAAUGAGCCCUGUUCCUUCCAUCAAGACACCAGCUACAACCUGGAGUGACCCAACUGAGGAAACUGGACCAGUGGCUGGAAUCUUAGAUACAGAUACUUUGGAAAAGGUGUCAGUCACAGAGGCAAUGCAUCGAAAUCUAGUUGACAACAUCACCGGUCAAAGACUGCUAGAAGCACAAGCAUGUACAGGAGGAAUAAUUGACCCCAUCACUGGAGAAAAGUUCUUUGUUGCAGAUGCAAUGAACAAAGGGCUGGUGGACAAGAUUAUGGUGGAUCGAAUCAACUUGGCUCAGAAAGCUUUUCAGGGAUUUGAGGAUCCAAGAACCAAAGCCAAAAUGUCAGCCGCUCAAGCCUUAAAAAAGGGUUGGCUCUACUAUGAAGCUGGUCAACGAUUCCUUGAGGUCCAAUACCUAACAGGUGGAUUAAUUGAACCAGAUGUUGCCGGAAGAGUAUCACUGGAUGAUGCUGUGAGGAAAGGCUCUCUAGAUGCACGGACUGCACAGAAAUUGAGAGAUGUUAGUGGAUAUUCCAAAUACCUCACCUGUCCCAAAACCAAACUCAAAAUUUCAUACAAGGAUGCCAUGGAGAGAAGCAUGAUCGAGGAAGGAUCUGGCCUGCGUUUACUAGAGGCUUCCUCCCAGUCAAGUAAAGGCCUUUACAGCCCAUAUAGCAUCAGUGGCUCUGGAUCAACUUCAGGGUCUAGGUCUGGAUCCAGACCUGGUUCAAGAUCAGGCUCUAGAAGGGGAAGCUUUGAUGCUACAGGCUCAGGUUUCUCCAUGAGCUUUUCCUCAUCCUAUAGCCCCACUAGUUAUGGGCGCCGUUAUGAUUCAGGGACUUUUAGUGGAUUUCAAAUAGAUGAGCUAAAGCAGGCCCUAACAGCUUUAGCAUCAGGCAUGAACUGUUGCUAUGAUGACAAGAGAAUUAUCACAUUAUCACAAUCACAGUCCAUUUUAGAGCUUAAUAGAGGUUACACCUCUUCGAAGGCCUUUGAACACCUGGGUGCAAGAAAAAUGCCAGUUCAGGAAAACUGUAAUUCUCGGGGGACAGUAGCUGGAGUAUUCCUUGAACAUUCGAAUGAAACCAUUACAAUAUACAAAGCCUAUAAGAAGCAUUUGCUGAAACCAGGAACAUGUUUGGCACUGUUAGAAGCCCAAGCUGCAACUGGAGGAAUCAUCGAUCCCAUUAAAAACAGACAGCUCUCUGUCGAAGACGCAGUCAAGGGAGGGAUUGUUGGACGUGAAAUGAAAGAAAAACUUCAAUUCGCAGAAAAGGCCAUCAAUGGUUACAUUGAUCCUUACACCAACCAACAAAUAUCACUGUAUCAGGCCAUGCAGAAAGAUGUCAUCCCAAAAGAAUAUGGCAUUCGAUUACUUAAAGCACAGAUCUCUGCUAAAGGGAUCUAUGAUCCUAUUGAAAAAUGCUACAUAACAGAGGAGCAAGCUUGUGAGAAGGGUCACUAUGAUAAAGAACUAUUCAGAGACCAAAUGGAUGUUCUAAAAGUAUUCUAUGACCCAAACUCUCAGGAAAACCUCACCUAUGCAUUACUGAUGGAGAAAUGCACUGUAGCCCCGGACACUGGUUUACUGCUGUUCCCAGUCUACAUCACGUUCAAAGGCCUUCGAAGAGGUGUAACCUCUAUUAAGCUCCUGACAUCAAAAAUAAUUGACCAACAAACAUAUGACGAUCUGCAAAAGGGCAAGACAACCACCCAAGAUGUGAUGCUAAUGGAAACAGUGAAAGAAUAUCUAGAAGGUAAAGGGAGCAUUGGGGGAGUAGCUGUGCUCUCGUCUAAUAAGAAAAUGAGCAUCUAUCAGGCAAUGAGACAAGGAAUAAUCAUGCCUGGUUCUGCCUUGAUUCUGCUAGAAGCCCAGGCUGCAACUGGCUUCAUGAUUGAUCCAGUUGAAAACAAGACUUUCAAUGUAGAUGAUGCCAUUAACCAAAAACUUGUAGGACCAGAGUACCAUGCAAAAUUGCUUGCGGCAGAACGUGCAGUCACUGGUUACAAUAAUCCAUACACUGGUGAAACCAUUUCCCUUUUUCAAGCUCUAAAGAAGGAAUUGAUUGUGAAGGAGCACGGGAUUCGUUUACUUGAGGCACAAAUUGCAACUGGUGGUAUUAUCGAUCCAAUAAACAGUCACAGAGUUCCUGUGGAUGUAGCAUACAAGCGUGGCUUCUUUGACAAGGAAAUGAACGCCAUUCUUGAAGAUCCUGGAGAUGACACUAAAGGAUUCUUUGAUCCAAACACAAAGGAAAAUCUUACAUACCUGCAACUGCUGGGUCGUUGUGUUAUUGACCUCUCAACAGGACUCACAUUGCUGCCCAUUCAGGAUCAAUCAAGCAAUCCCAAUCACACGUUCAUUGGCUAUGACAUAAAACAAAUCUUCAAGGAUGUCAUGGUAAAAGUGACAUGUGGGAAGUAUAUGGGAAUGACAGUAUCACUCUGGGAAUUAAUAAUGUGUGAAUAUUUCACUGAAAAGCAAAGGCAAGAUAUUAUCAGUCAAUACAGAAUCGGAACACUCACAAUUGAUAUGAUAAUCACCAAAGUCCUGGAGAUAAUCGAACAAUCAGUGAAAACAGCCAAUGCAAAUUUUGAGGGCAUAAGAGGAAAGGUCAGUGCAACCCAGCUUGUCGAGGCUGACAUUAUCACUAAGAAUGAUCUAGACGAUCUCAAAAGAGGAAGAAUGACUGUAAAAGAUGUUACAGAGAAUGAAUCAGUACAAACAUACCUACAAGGUAAACCAAGCAUUGCUGGGGUGCUGCUUCCUAAUUCCCAAGUCAUAUCAAUCUACCAGGCUAGACAAAAAGGAAUUCUAAGGCCAGGAAUGUCACUCAUUCUGCUGGAAGCCCAGGCAGCAACAGGAUUCAUUAUUGAUCCAAUUGCUAAUCAAAAGUUCUCUGUUGAUGACGCUGUUAAGGCACGGGUGGUUGGGGUUGAGCUUCAUGCAAAACUAUGCUCGGCUGAGAAGGCAGUGACAGGUUACCAUGAUCCUUACACUUGUAAAAAAAUCUCAUUGUUCCAGGCAAUGCAAAAAUACUUAAUUGUAAAAGAUCAUGGCAUACGUCUGCUGGAGGCCCAGAUUGCAACAGGGGGCAUUAUCGAUCCUGUAAAUAGCCAUCGCAUUCCAGUUCAUAUAGCUUACAAACUGGGAUACUUCGAUACUGAAAUGAAAAAGAUUCUCGACGAUCCGACUGAUGACACAAAAGGAUUUUUUGAUCCAAACACUCAUGAAAACCUUACCUAUUUGCAGCUUAUGUCCAGAUGUGUGACUGACCAAAGUACAGGUCUUUGCCUUUUGCCAAUCAAAGGGAAAGAAAACAUAAUCAUGAUUUCGGACAGCACCAAAGAGGCUUUCCAAACAACAUAUGUCUCUGUGAGUUAUGGUAGGUUCAGCAACAAGCGAGUAACACUCUGGGAGCUCAUUAACUCUGAUUAUUUGUCUGAGGACAAAAGGCAGGAGCUGAUCAAAAGCCACAAGUCAAAAACAAUCACAAUCGAAGAAAUAAUUACAGUAAUUUUAGAAAUUAUUGAAACUAAAGAGGUACAAAGAAAUGCAGACCUCAGCAUCAAUGGUCUGAGGGGAAAAGUCUCCAUUUUAGAGCUGCUGAAUUUGGGCAUCAUAGAUGAAAAAAUAUACAAAGACUUGCUUAAGGGAAAGCUAAUAAUCAAAGAUCUUCUUGAGAUGGACACUGUGAGGACCUUCCUCAGAGGAACAAGCUGUAUAGCUGGUAUAAUAGUGCAAAAGUGUAAUCAGAUAAUUAGCAUCCAUCAAGCCAAAAAAGAGGGUCUUGUUACACCCGGCACUGCUCUGUGUCUUCUUGAAGCACAGGCUGCCACUGGGUUUAUUGUCGAUCCACUACAGAACAAGAAAUUCACUGUUGAGGAGGCCUUGAAGCAUAAAGUCAUAGCUCCUAAGUUGUAUGAAAAACUCCUGGCUGCUGAGAAAGCAGUUACUGGUUACAAAGACCCAUACACUGGCAAGACAAUAUCACUUUUUGAAGCCAUGAAGAAGGAUCUCAUCCUUAAGCAACAUGGCAUACGUCUACUUGAAGCCCAGAUUGCUACAGGUGGCAUCAUUGAUCCCUUAACAUGUCUACAUUUGCCACUUGAAGUUGCUUUCAGGAAGGGCUAUUUUGAUGCUGACUUAAACCAGAUACUUGCUGAUACCAGUGAUGACACCAAAGUAUUUUUUGAUUCCACCACUCAUAAAAAUCUGACCUACAUGGAGAUGAUGGCAAUAUGCAUCAAGGAUCAUGACACUGGUCUUUUCCUUCUUCCACUGGGUGAAAAAGGGAAAACACAAGAAAAAGCACCAAAAAUUCUCUCAGAUGCUGAGAUUAAGGAAGACUUUUUGGAAAACUCUGUUGUCAUUCCUGUUGGGUGUUUCUCUGGAAAAUCAUUGUCUCUUUGGGAGGUAAUUCACUCUGUGUUCUUCACUGAAGAACAGAGGCAGCAGUGCUUUGAACAAUACUGUUUGGGAAAAAUAAAUAUAAAGGAUGUUGCCACAAUGGUUACCAGAACAAUCCAAAAACUGGAAGAGAAAGAAGCAAUUGAUCAGACAACAAUGGGCUUGAGAAAAUCUGUUUCUAUGCAACAGCUGCGUGAUUCUGGAAUUAUUGAAGCCAAAACCUACAAGGAUUUGCAAGAUGGUAAAGCCACUACUGAAGAUGUGGUGAAACUUGAAUCUGUACAAAGGUACUUGAAAGGCACUGGAAGUAUUGCAGGAGUAAAGCUUCAUCCAUCAGAAAAAGUGGUAAAUUUAUACACUGCAAAAACUGAAGGCUUGCUCAGUUCUGAUGCAGUGCUGAUGUUGCUUGAGGCUCAGGCAGCAACUGGAUAUGUUAUUGAUCCAAUCGGAAAACAACAUCUCUCCGUCAUGGAGGCUGCCAGAGCUCAACUUAUUGGACCAGAGUUAUUAGAUCACUUACUCUUGGCUGAACGUGCUGUUACUGGUUUCACAGACCCAUACACAGAUGGGAAAAUAUCCUUAUUUGAAGCAAUGAAAAAAGGUAUCAUCCCUCGAAACCAUGGAUUGCAUCUUUUAGAUGCACAGCUCGCAACGGGUGGGAUAAUUGAUCCGAUUGGAAGCUACCGGAUACCUAUUCAGAGGGCAUUAAUGCAAGGAUACAUGGAUAGGGAGACCAGUGAGAUUCUGGCAAAUCCCAGUGGUAGAGAAAAAGGGUUUUCAGACCCAAACACAAAAGAACCCCUUACUUACUAUCAACUCAAGCAGAAAUGUGUGAGAGAUUCAACCACUGGACUACUACUUCUCCAAGUAGCUGAAAAAAGUGUUGAAAGCUCAAUCUACAAUGACAAACAUGUAGUAAAUGUCUUCAAAGAGAAAUCAGUGAUAAUCAGUGCAGGAAAGUUUGAAGGAAAACGUGUACCUCUUUGGGAUGCACUACACUCAGAGUACAUAUCUGCAGGGAAAAGGAAAGUAUUUCUUGACCAGUACAAACUGAAAAAACGGUCUAUCGAAGAGAUAACAGAAAUGGUUACAUCGAUUAUAAUUGAG